UAAUAAGGAAUCGGUUUAUAACUUAUUUUCGAAGCAAUAUUAAGUUAGUUUUUCUUUUCUUUAAAGAACAGACAAGAUGUUCGAUAUUUGAAGUGACAUACAAAGUGCAUUGGUAUUGACUCGACGUGUAUGUAACAAUCUUAUUGUUGAUAAGUAUUUAUAUUAUGUAUACGGAAUUAAAUGGAAAUUAAAGGAGAGUAAUCGAUAGAAUUCACCAGACUAAGAGGAUUUCCACUUGACAGCCAUACAAAAUAUUUGUUGAGAUUCAUUUGUUAAUUAUUAACUUGAUUAAACUGUUAUCGCUAUUCCUGAGAAUUUGAUUAAAGAGAACACUGGAAAUGAAAUCAUUAAUACUCUACCAGUUCUUACUUUUGACUAAAGUAUUUAGCGCCGACGUUAACAUCACUGGUUUAAUGGACACAUUGUUUGAAAAUUACCAUAAAGAUGUCCGACCAUUAUGUGAUAGUGGUUCUGCAGUUCAAGUGAAAGUUGGAAUGGCUCUUCGACAAGUCAUCGAUCUCAAUGAACCACGUCAAAUUUUGGAAAUCAAUGCUUGGAUAAGAUUGCGUUGGCACGACUGUGAUUUAAAAUGGAAUUCUACGGAAUUUGGAACAGACAAAAUAAUAAUUCCUGUAAACCGGAUAUGGGUUCCUGAUAUAACAUUAUACGAUAAUGUUGGGGACCAGUUAGCCGGUUUGAAGGAUUACAGACCAGUUGUAACUAGUAAUGGUGAUAUAUCGUACAAUUUUCCAACCGUCAUCACAAGCAUGUGUCCUGUAGAUGUUACCUUCUUCCCUUUUGAUACUCAAAAUUGCCUGCUGAAAUUUGGAUCAUGGGCUUACCACGGAUUUGAAGUAGAUAUUAUUAAUUUGUCAGAUACAGGGGACAUAAGUUCAUUUGUUCCGAGUGUAGAGUGGGCUGUUGUUGGAAUACCUUCCAUUCGAAAUGUUAUAGAAUACGGAUGCUGUCCAGAACCAUACCCGGAUGUGACAUUCUAUGUUGUUUUAGACCGCAAGCCAUUGUUUUACAUGAUGAGCUUAAUAUUUCCUUGCAUGCUAAUAACAGCAGUCGCGUGUCUUGGGUUCAUGCUUCCACCUGAUUCUGGCGAGAAGGUAUCAUUAGAAAUAACCGUUCUCCUGUCGUUGGCAGUUUUUCUUCUUGUCGUGUCUGAAACAAUGCCUCCUUCGUCAGAAAAUUUCCCUUAUAUUGGUAUAUAUUUUGCUUGCUCCAUGCUCUUGGUAUCGUUUUCCUGCCUGAUGACAGUAAUAGUGCUUAGCAUGCAUUACAAAGGAAUACAUGGAAGAGAAAUGCCACAGAUAGUCAAGACUAUCUUCUUUGAUUAUAUUGCUAAAUUUGUUUGUAUGAAAACAGUUCGUCGCCGUGCUAGACGAUGUUCUAUUCACCCCGUUUCGCCACUGUAUCAAACUGGACCCGUUUUCACCUACAGUAACGAUGCAUUUCUUCAGAACGGAGCAACUAAAACAGAAACUAAUGGUAAGGUGGAUCCAAAUGGACUGGUUACCACUAUGGUUGAAGAACUUAAUCCUGACAAUGCACAUAAAAUGGACGAUAAUUACAAUGAAUCAGCUAGCAGUGACAUUAUCAUAACACUACAAAAACAAUUAAAAAUAAUUAAAAAUAUUGAAAAGAACUUACAAGAAAAGAAAAGAAUAGACAGCAUUAUUGAGGAAUGGCAACUUCUUGCUAUUGUUUUGGACAGAGUGUUUCUCUUGUUUUUCUUUUUGUUUAUGACUGUUUCAACAUUAGGAAUUAUAUUGCGAUCUGCACAAGUCUAAUUAAAUGAAGUCUAAAAUGUCACAUGUUUACAACAAAACAAUCAAUUUUAAAUAAGAAUUUAAUAACCUAUUAAUGGCAUUAUGUGAUAUCAUUAUCACCCAAAUGAAUGUUUUAUUUAUGCGUUGUGUCAUAUCAAUGAAUAUUAGUUGUUCAAUGAAGUAAAUAACAAAUAAUUAAUGCCUUAAUGACUUGGUGAAUUAAUGUCGUGGACAUCAUUUUAUAGUGAUAAUUAUUACAAUUCUUCAGUACGCUAAAGGGAUAAGCGCGUCAUUGAUGUGUUUGUUGAAGAUGUUUAUUACAAUUUUUGCAAUAUUUGUUGAUUUAAAGUUAGGUUUUUGGCGUCGUUGCUAAAUUUCCACUUAACUCGAUUUGCAAAUUGUCUUUCUUAACUGUGUGUAUUUUACUAUAUAUGUAUAUUUGUAAUCGCUCCUUUUACAGAGUCAAAGCAUUAUGUGUUAAAAAAUAAGGCACGUCGAAUACAUUCAGAUUGGAAGGAAGAACGACUUUGAUUUUUUUCCCUUUUACAAGUGCUCAAUUCGCCACUGUGAUUUAAUUGAACGUAAAAUUGGCCAUGUAUUUUAUACUCACUUGAAAACACAUUAUCAGUAUCAAUCUGAUAGUAUCAUCGUUUGAGGAUUUGCUAUUUGAGGUGUCUUUUGAAAUCAUUUUAGGGAUGAUUAAUAGUUAUCAAAGGUACCUGGAUUAUAAUUUAGUACGCAAGACGCGCGUUUCGUCUACAUAAGACUCAUCCGGAAUAGGGAAUUUAAUUGUGUUGAUAGCCUAUUAUGGGGAGAAAUGUACAUUUUUAAGAAACACUUUACAAAGAUAAUUGUAUUUCACGUUAAUACAUGCCUUUUAAUUAAUUUUCUAUCAUGAAACAAUGGACUAAAAAUUCGGAGUCAAAUAUGGUCUUAACCGAAUUUACUUCUUUGCGCUGGCAAUAACUCAGGUUUUGUCUGUCUCUUAGAGUAAAAUCACCUUUUAUGUAUGGCAGCACAAUGUAAUUCUUCAGGACUUUUUUGUAUUGAUAAUCAAAGCUGUAUGUAUAUUUUUUAUUAAUGUUAUAAUUUUGCAUAUCCUAUGAAUAUUCAUUAAAAAUGUUUAAAUUUGUAGAAAAAAAAAUAAACUCAUCAUACAUACCAUAUAAAACUAGAUUGUCGGGUUUUUUUAAUUGUCAUCCAAAUCAUUAAAAGAGCUUAUAAACUUUAA